CUUACAACAGAAAUUGAAGAAGUUACGAACGCCGGUAAGGUCGGGGCCCUCUUUAUUAUCGUCGACCCGAAUAAAGCUUGCAAAACAAGGUGGAGGUCGUUUUCGUCCGAGUGUUCGGGGCAAGCCAUGUCCAGGGCUCGGGUUUACGCCGACGUCAAUGUUCAUCGCCCGAGAGAUUACUGGGACUACGAGUCUCUCACCGUUCAAUGGGGUGACCAAGAUGACUAUGAGGUUGUUCGAAAAGUGGGAAGGGGAAAAUACAGUGAGGUGUUUGAAGAUAAAGAGAGAGAUUAAAAUACUACAGAAUCUUUGUGGAGGCCCAAAUGUUGUGAAGCUGCUUGAUAUUGUUAGAGAUCAGCACUCAAAGACUCCUAGCUUGGUCUUUGAAUAUGUGAACAGUACAGAUUCUAAAGUUUUGUACCCAACGCUGACUGAUUAUGACAUACGCUACUAUAUAUUCGAGCUUCUCAAGGCAUUGGAAUACUGCCAUUCACAAGGCAUUAUGCAUAGAGAUGUCAAGCCACACAAUAUUAUGAUUGACCAUGAGAUGCGGAAACUUCGCUUGAUUGAUUGGGGUCUAGCUGAGUUCUACCAUCCUGGUAAAGAGUAUAAUGUUCGUGUAGCUUCGAGGUAUUUUAAGGGGCCUGAGCUACUUGUCAACUUACAAGACUAUGACUAUUCAUUGGACAUGUGGAGCCUGGGCUGCAUGUUUGCAGGAAUGAUUUUCCGAAAGGAGCCAUUCUUUUAUGGGCAUGACAAUCAUGACCAGCUUUUCAAAAUUGCCAAGGUUCUUGGGACAGAUGAGUUAAAUGCAUAUUUGAACAAAUAUAAUCUAGUGCUUGAUCCUCAGCUUGAUGCUCUCGUUGGAAGACACAUCAGGAAGCCAUGGCCGAGAUUUAUAAAUGCAGACAAUCAGCAUCUAGUUUCCCACGAGGCCAUUGAUUUUCUAGAUAAGCUCCAUCGAUAUGAUCAUCAGGAUAGGCUUACAGCAAGAGAAGCAAUGGCAUACCUCUCUCUCUCUCUCUCUCUCUCUGGGGCUCAUCCAUAUUUCCACCAGGUGAGAAGUGCAGAGAACAGCAGGACACGGUAAUCCUAGCCACAUGAGAAUUCCUUUUUUAAGCAGGUUCAUAUUCCAUCCAGGCCAUUUAUACGUUUUGUAGAUUGUUUGAUGACUACCUGACAAAUAGAUACAUAGAUUAGGUGGUUGGUCUGGCACAGAUGUUCCGUUUGCUCUUUUUUUUCUUUUUUCUUUUUAGCUUGCACUUCCACUGUGUAUUGUUUGGUUAGCUCCUAAUUUUUACGUGAAGUUUCCCGGGCUCUGGAUACUUCUGUUGUUCGUAAUAGGAACUAUUAAAUGCUCUGGUUUUUUCUCCC